GAGAGCGAGGCCACGCGCCCUGGACGUCAUGGUCCACCUGCUGGCCUCCGAAGUCCGCCAGCUGCUCCACAACAAGUUCGUGGUCAUCCUGGGGGACUCCGUGCAGAGGGCCGUGUACAAGGACCUGGUUCUCCUGCUGCAGAAGGACUGCCUGCUCACUCCUCGCCAGCUCAAAGCCAAGGGGGAGGUGAGCUUCGAACAGGAUGAGCUGAUGGAGGGAAGCCCCUUGCACAAUGGCACCAGCUACCGUGAGGUCCGCCAGUUCCGCUCGGGCCACCAUCUGGUGCGCUUCUACUUCCUAACGCGCGUGUACUCCGAGUACCUCGAGAGCAUCUUGCAGCAGCUGCAGUCGGGCGAGGACGCCCCCGACCUGGUCAUCAUGAACUCCUGCCUCUGGGACCUCUCCAGGUACGGUCGGGACUCCUGGAGUAGCUACCGGAAGAACCUGGAGAGCCUGUUUGGGCGCCUGGGCCAGGUGCUGCCUGAAUCUUGCCUCCUGGUGUGGAACACGGCCACGCCUGUAGGCGACAAAAUCACCGCAAGUUUCCUGCCGUGCAAACGCCAGCCCUGGGUCCCCUUCCUGAAAUUCGCCGUGGUGGAAGCCAACUUCUACAGCUCUGCGGAGGCGAAGAAACACCACUUCGAUGUGCUGGACUUGCAUUUCCACUUACGCCACGCGACGUGCCACCGGCACACGGACGGCGUGCACUGGAAUGGAUACGCGCACCGCCACAUCUCCCAGCUGCUGCUGGCCCACGUGGCCGAUGCCUGGGGCGUGGAGCUGCCCCAUCGCCUCACUGUGAGCAAGUGGAUCCAGAAUGGCCCUGCUGCGGAACCACCUGGCCAGGAAGUUGAGAGGCAGCCCUGGGGCGACAGAGAUCAACUGGCCUCCCCGCUGUCCCCACCCAUGCCUCCUCCCAGGCGUGGCCCCCUGCUCCCGUUCCCACGCCUGCCCCCGCCCCCACUGGCCCUCCCGCCGUCCCCACCUGUGCCUCCUCCCAGGUGUGGCCCCCUGUUCCCGCCCCCGCCGCCUCAUCCUAUUCCCCUUCACCAGGUGAUGCCCCAGUUCCCGCUCUGUUCUCAAGAUGCCUGUUUUUCCUCGGACCAUAUUUACCAGUCAGAUCAAUUCUUUUUCCAUUCGGACAUCCCCUCAGGACUUUCCUCCGAAGCUGACUUUAUGUUUGGUCCCCAGCGGCCUGUGCCCUGUUUAUCCACAUCCUGGUAUCAACAGCGGGCCCCUGUGGUCCAUAGGGGUUUUCCCCGGUCUCGUCCCCAUGGCCCAUAUGUACCCUGGGGACGGCGGGGCAGGCCUUCGAAGAGACGGCCCCCAACCCUCCCAGAGUCAAGGCCUUAAUAGACUGACCUUGGCCUUUCUCUUCCUCAUGGACAUGGAUUGGACAGAUGGUCUGACUCUCCCUUUCCCUCCACAUGGCCUAAACAGACUGACCUCAUUGACUUAAGCCUGAAGCCCAGGCUUGGACUUCUUUUUGUUCAUUGCUGUUACCUCAAAAGGCAGAGGAGAGCAGUCUGACCCAUUCUUGUUGGCUAUAGCCUCUUCCCCACUUCUGGGGUCACCAAGCAUUAUUCCUGCCUCCCCACUUCCUAGUCUCUUGGCCUCUUAGUAAAAAUAAAAUUGAAAUAAAGAACUUAUUUUACAAAAGUA